AUGUCCCGAUAUGUCGGCGCAGCACCAUCGGCUCCGCGGAGGGGACCGCAUUGGUCCCAUCAUCUUCGACAGGCGAGCUCGACCAACUCGGACCGCGCAUCCGAGAUAUCGGCCGCCUCGCCCAGGAGUGUCUCGACGCAUUCGACGGUCAAGGACGUCAAGGAUGACAAGCCGCGAAAGACGGAGCGCUAUUGCGCCGUCACGGUCAAUGACGGAUAUUCGCGAGACGAGGUGUUGCUGAACCUGGACCUGAUUGGCGGCGAUAUCAAGCCAGGCACCUUGAUGUCCAUCGCCGUCGUGAAGUCGGAAUCUGUGAAAUCGGCGGCCGUCUUUGGCGGCCUCAAGAAGCAGUCGUAUGAGGACAAUGGCAGCUUGCGAUACCAACACAUCGGCCCCUGCGACCCGAGCUCCCUCGGCGACCAGUACAUCUUUGUCGCCAAGGAUAUGCCCAAGGAGACCAAAGCUCGGCAUCCCGAUAUCGAAAUACAAGUUGUUAAGCACAUUGCGGACAUAUUUGGGAUGAAGAAGGGGUCCAUUGUCCUACUGGCACCAGUUGACAAUGACCACCCGGUUACCGAAGCUACACACGUGGAGAUGAUAUUUAAGGAUCAGUAUCUCUCACGAGCAGAUAUGUGGAGGGUAGCCGUCGGGGAGCUUACGCAGCGGACCGUAUAUAAAGGACAGUCCCUCCUCUUUUUGGGCACGAUAAAGGCGCAAAUCACGACGGUCUUUGUGAAUGGGAACAGCGUCCAAUCCGCCUUCUUUGGUCGGGAAACGAGGCCAAUAUUUCGCAGCGAGUCAGCUAGAUAUGUCCUCUUUAUCCAAAUGUCCAAGGAGAUGUGGGACUUUGACUCCGACAGCUCUGGCGAAAUCAUGUUCAAUAAAGUUGUCAACGGGUUUCUGCCAGCUCUCUUCAAGAGGUGGGCCGUGCUCAAGGUAAAACAUUUGGUCAGCAUUGUCCUCUUUGCUCGUGUCGAGUAUGACACGGGCUUGACCAAUGAGCUGGACGUGAGCGCACUCCAAUCGGAUUACUACACGGGAAUCCAGCCCUACGGGAACCGGCGUCCAUACAAAGACUUCUAUCGAGUCGUAGUGAGUGAAAUGGCUAGCGGAGAGUGGACCAAAAUCCUGUACCAACUGAAAAGGCAACUCAACUACUUUCGAAAAGACAUCACUCUGCAUCACCAAACAGCAUAUCCGUUCGAUGGCCUCAAAGAAGGUGCAUCUGGGAACGAGGCAGCCAGUCGGAUCAGAGCCGAGUCUUCCUUUGCCAUCCACGGCAAUAUUCUCGAGGCCAUAAACCUUGCUUGCGCACAGUUUUCUCAUGAUUACAUCGAUCGAGACUUGACUAGGACAGGCAUCUCCAUCGCUGUCAUUAGCGCUGGCGCUGGCAUCUUUGAAGUGGAUUAUGAGACACUGCGAAGAACUACAGAAGCCCUUGUAGGAAAUGGCAUCGGGAUUGAUUUGAUUUGCAUGGCUCAGAUGCCCCUGCAUUCUGUUCCUCUUUUCAGAUAUCGGAAUCCACGAUUCUCAAUAGCGGGGGACUCCUCUCAAGAUCGCCACCAUUCACUCUCGAGGUCCUUUCACAGUCGUGACAGCACACCAGGCCAACCAACUCCCGUUAUCGGGAGUUUUCAGUCCACUUCUGGCUCUUUCUCGCCCUCGAAAAGCAGAGACAUGAUGCGCCGUGUUGAACACUUUUCCCAGAGUAGGCGUGAUGAAUGGUGUUAUGUACUGCCGCAAUGGCUGCACGUGUCGUUCUGGACGGGCACCUCAAACGAGGCACUUUCAUACGCGGGCGUGGCCCUGUCUGUAUCCAAGAAGAUGGAGCAAGACGACGAUGAUGAAUUCAAAAUAAGAUGCCGCAUGUACGACCUUCAGAUGCGGAGCGCACUUGAUACGAACGAGAUUGAAAUCACUCCGCUGCACUCGGACUCUCAUUAUCCCAGCGAUAUCUUUGAGAAGAAUAGCUUCCUGAAGAGACGCCAAGAGGCGAUUGGCGAUAUCUGGUACAACCCCCCGGGUCGUCUUCCGGAUCAUCUAUAUGAUACCAUCCAGGGAAUUCAGAGAUUCUCGCCCGAAAGGCACGCGCGGCCCGCGGAAAGACCUUCUUGGAGACAGCUACAGGAAUUUGAUGAUUCUAGAGCCAUCCUGACUCGCCACAAGCGCCACCACCACCAUGGCUCGGAAGCAGGUGGCAGGUCGGAUGAAACUCGAAGGCAUCAUAUAGAGGACUUGAAUGUUCUGGGAUCCUCUCUUCCAGAAAAGAAAUUAUUCAAUAAUGUCCCUUCGGCCAGGAAGCUCUCCAUGAACCAAGCAGAGAUGGAGAAGCCGAACAUGUUCUCAAAGCGAAAGCUACCAGAUCCACUACCUCUCAAAGAAUCGCCUUCUCCUACUCCUACACAGCAGUUACCACUGCCGGCCGUUGCAAAGGUGUCUUCAUCUUCAUCUUCGUCGUCAAAACAGCCCAAAUUUAUGAAGCAAAUUAGUCUUGGGCACCGAGGAUUCGGCAUAGCAGCCCCAAAGAUCGCAGCGGCCGAAGUGAAAGCCGAAACUGUCAAUGCAGCCGUUACCAAGUCAAACGCGCCGCCAACUCCUCGAUCACGUCCGGAUUUGAGACCAUCCACUCCCCAGACAAUCAGAAGCCAAUCGCCAUUCUCAGUAACCAGGCUCAGGCCGGAGGCGGCUGAUCCUACAAUAGAGAGAAUGUCAUCCACGCCAAGCAUCCCUAUCCUGAAGAAAAACGGGUCGAAUCGUCACGAUAUGCAUAUAUACAAUCUCAAAGCUGGAACGCCUGCACAUACUUCAAUGUCCCGCGCUCAUGGUGACAGUCCCGAAGAUGACAGCGAAUUAUAUCAAAACAUGUUCCGGACGGAAGAUCACAAAGUUGUCUUGAGUAAACUUCGUGCCGGAGUCGGCGUGACGCCGGACCCUCCUGUGACGAUUUCGCCAUCGUCAGCAAUCAGUCCUUGGCUGGUGUUGUUGAAUCCAUCUGACCCAGAGAAGAAUCAAAUAGACGCGGCCAACCUAUACACACGCUGGCAGCACAUCUUUCCUCGCAUCUCCGAGAUGAAAAUCCAGAAAUGGAAGGCCCUAUGCUGUCCCGCUGCAGUUCCGUUGACGACUGAAUACUUUCCUACCAGAGCCCAGUUCGAUACCGAGUAUCAGAGGCACCCUUACAAUGUGGAUCAAAACGCAGACGACGAUUCGUCCGAAGAACCAAAGACUCGACAAGAGUUUAUCAGCGAGCUGAUUAGCCUCCGAUUUUCACAAGGAUUUCAGGUGGUAGUUGGUCCAGCCGUGGCGAGAGCAUUUGGCCAAAAGGUCAUCAAGCUCGGGGAUAUAUUCUCGCGUGAUCAAGUUCUUGAAGACGGCACCAGUAUAUUCAUGUCUGUUGGCAACAUUAUUCAUCAGCUCUCGUGCGUGAAUGGGACUGAAGUAGAGGUCAACAUCUACAUUAGAAAACCCACGGCAGACAUGUCGGGGCUGCCGGACGGAUUCUCUCCCAUGUACAAGCCGGCCAUCCGAACUCUGUUUGAUACAGACUAUGAGGCCCGACAUAUAGAACUGCUAUCGAUUCCAAGGCCCGACCGUAACUGGAACAUGAUUGAUUCGUACGCUGCGGGCCACCACGACGAGAUGAUGGAGAGCCUGCGCUUCUGGAGGGCCCGGUUCGUCUUCAUCCCACUGGUCGCCCAGAACCCUUCGGUGCCCAGGACCCAAAACGGUCUAUAUCCUGAAGAAAUCAGGAUAGAAGGCAUCAAGCGCUUGGCGCAGCUGUGGCAGAAGAAUCGCUACGUACCGCCCUCGGAACGUCGAUUCCAAACGGCCAGAGGGCGCGGGCAGCUGGACCGUAGUCCUCUGGAUAUUGUCUACAAGACAGAGGAUCCGUCCGUUGUCAUUGCGGCUGAGCUGGAAACAUUACCCCUAAUCGAGGGCCUCGAGGGCGGCAUGGGUAAGAAGCAUCAGCUCGUAUCGAGGAAAGACCGUUUCGAAAAGUCCAACCUGAACUUUUCUGUCUUGGCCGAAGCCAUGCAGCAGCCAGUGGAACAGGGCGGCGUGCCUCUGCGAAAUCGCCGCUGGCAUCUUCGGCUGCACUAUCACUCUUUCCUCGGGUCUGAUAUGACGACGUGGCUAUUGGAGAACUUUGAUGAUCUCGAGACACGUGAAGACGCGGAAGAUUUAGGCAAUGCUCUGAUGGUGCCGGAAGAGCCCAAAGGCAAAGACAAGGAUGUGGCUGAAAAGGAAAAGGAGAAGGAGAAGGAAAAAGAAAAGUCUAAGGGGCUUUUUGUGCACGUCGAAAGACGACACCGUUUCCGAGACGGUAAUUACUUUUACCAGUUUGCCCCUGAGUUUGCGAAACACUCGUCGGGCUGGUUCGGCAGCAAGAGGAAGGAAAAUCCCCUGCCCUUGACACCGAUGACGGAGUCGUCCAUGGGCUCGGGUAGAAGAUCGGUACACGAAGACCACUCGCCGUCAUCGCUGACCAGUACUCCUACGCUGUCGUCGGCACAUAUCGCCAAGAGUCGCCCCAAAGUCAUCCUCAGCAAGGUCAUUAGAUACGAUGUGGAUCCUAGGAAGAGGUCAUAUCGCCCUGAACGGAUUGACCUGCACUACGACCGCCUUCACAACCCAGAUAACUGCUACCACGUGAGGAUCGACUGGAUGAACGCAACGGCCAAGCUCGUGGAAGACGCCGUCGAUGUUUGGGAGCGCGAGGCUAGCCAGUACGGCCUUCGCCUCGUCGAGGUGCCCAUCAGGGAGGCCAGCGGCAUCACCGAGGUCAAUCCCUUCCGUAAGCCGUUCGCCAUCAAGCUUGCGGUCCAGCCACCCGACAAGCAGCCCGAGACGUUUUACGAUCCAAACUCUCUGGGGCCGCAGACGGUCCCGACAAAGCACUUUUAUCAAAAAUCCAUACUGCGGCACUUUGACUUUGUGCUGGAUAUCGAGGCUGCCGCGAACUAUCCCAGCAAUGUAGACAUUAUCUACUCCUGGGGGCGUCCAGAUUACAGGUACACGCAGUACAUUCAUCGCUCGGGAGUUCUGCUCGCCCAGGUGACGGAUGAUGGCAAUUUCAUCGUCUUGGCAAAUAGGCUGUACGGCAGAAGAGCUGUAAAGGAGAGAGAGGCUGCGGCCAGGAACAUGGCCCCGAUGGAACCUCCUCGUCGCUUAACGGACGGAAUCGGCCCUCGAGUACCGUCGUACGACUCCUUUAACCUCUCUGAAUCGGUCAUGGCGGGUUCCUCGAUGCACCAUGCCGCCCAUCAGGGGCACCUGCACCAUCAUCACGGCGGGCUGCACCAACACCAGCAUCACCACCACUACCACCAUCCAUACCACCACUACUCGCCCAGUAUGAAGGCCGUCAACAUGUCCGGCCCGACCAACGACAGCCCCGUGGGCAAGCAUCACCAGCUCCAUUCCUCCGCCAACCCCACGGCCCACCUUGGCGAGCCCGAGGCCAUCAAGGAAGAACUCGAGGCAUUCUGCUCCGACGCCGCCGCCCUCGAGGCGUUUUACAAGGAGACGCUGGAAAAGGCCCAGCACAUUGAGGGCACGCCCGCCACCGCCGCCGCCGCCGGGCCACCGGGCUUGGAGGCCGUGCCCGAGGCGAGCAUCCCGUCGCUGGGGCUGCCGCCGGGCGUUUUAGCAUCGCUGGAUGGGGGCGGACCUGCGGCGGCGGCGCUGAGGAUCGGAAGCCCGAUGAUGUUUUUGAGGAGGGGGAGUGUGCAGUUUGAUGGCAUGGGGCUGGGGUCUAAGAAGUGA